GAGCUGAACAAUAGCCCACCCUCGCUGUUCAGGCUCCACUGAUGAUUGGACAAACUGUCCAAAAAUGCAGCUCUACAAUUAGUCAAAGUGACUGUCAGUCAAACAUGACCCUCCGACAGAGCAGGUUAGUCUGGGGCAACAGGAGACAACACUGCACUGAUUUGCUUUCUCAUAGAUUUGAUUUAAUUGAAGGAUAUCGAUCUUGUCUGACUUGGGAAAGCAGAGUGAAUCAAAUGUGAUUUAGUUUGAACAAAACAAUCACAAAGUCUCAAAACAUACCCAGAAUGGUUGCGGGUAAAAAGAUGACAAAAGAAAGUAUUCUUCCAUCUGUGUGUGAAGAUAAUGGAGAUGAAGGAGGAAAAGAAGAGGAUUUGGGUGGAAUUGCGAGCAGGCCGGUCAGCAGACCCAGAAGUGUCUACAGCAGAGGAAGUGUUGAUGGCCAAAGAGUGCCUAGAUCCCCCAGCCAGCAUCAAAGCAUAAGAAUGGCCCAACAGGACGAAGAUUAUACAAAUGAAGAAGACGAGGUGGAUGAAGGUCGAGGCCUCCCAGGUGAUGGACAGCAGCAGGAGGAAGAGUGUGCCAUCGCUGACCAAGAUUUUGACAUAGACCUGGAACUCAGCAGAUUUCGCAAUGAAAAACAAGCAUAUGACCCUACAGGCCAGUCUGCUUACAAAGAGGCUUGUAAGAUGCUGAACGUAAUUCCUGUAUCCUACUUCCUCCGAAAUAUGAAACAGAGUGAAAUCAACAUGAUGCAUUAUGGAUUGGGAUCACAGGGAACCAAAGCUCUGGCGGUUUCUCUGGUCACCAACAUCUCCAUCUUGAAACUGAAUCUGCGAGAUAAUUGUAUGGAGGGAACGGGUGCCGCUGCCAUCGCUGACAUGCUCAAAGAGAACUGCUACAUCACAGACAUUGAUUUGUCAGAAAACCGGAUGGGUGAAUAUGGAGCCAGGGCUCUGUCCAGCAUGCUGUUGGAAAACACUACCCUAUUCUCUCUCAACCUCUCCGGGAACCAUCUGGAUGAGCGAGCGGCCAGACACCUGUCCCCAGCUCUGAUCGGCAACCAGAAACUCCAGCACCUUGACCUGAGUCACAACAGAUUCACAGAUAUGGCAGGGGAAAUCCUGGGUGCUGCUAUUGCCGAGAACACGGGAAUGAAGUCACUCAAUCUGGCUUGGAACUGCAUUCGAGGAAAAGGAGCCAUUGCAUUUGCUGAAGGCCUGGGGGGAAAUAUCUUCUUGCGGACCCUGGAUUUGUCGUACAAUGGCCUGGCCAAAGAAGGUGCCGUGGCUCUAGAGGAGGCACUCAAAAACAACAAUACACUGGAGGAUCUGAACAUUAGCAAUAAUCGCAUACCGUUUGAAGGAGCCAUGCAUUUUGCGCUGGGCCUCAAAGUGAACACAACUCUACGAAUUCUCAAGAUGUCCAGGAACCCAAUGCAGUCGGCGGGAUGCUUCGCCAUUCUAAAAUCAGUUCAAGCAAACCCAGAAUCUGCAGUUGAGUUCUUGGACUUCACGGACAUUUGCGUGGACCAAGAAUUUAAAGACUUACUCAACAGCACCAAAGAAACACUCCCAAACCUCCAAGUGAAUCACAGUGGAAAAAAAGACCUGAAAUGUGUAAAACAUUCUGGACAAUCCAUAGGCAUGUAAAACUGCAAAUGUAUUUUUGAUCUUGCAUACAAUUGAGACUAAACUGAUUUGAAUCUAGCCUCACACUCCUCCAUAUGGUAAAUUGGAUCAAGUCAUAGAUGAUGGAUCGGUUUCUGGCAUUAUGGGAACAAUGAUUCAGUAGAAUGAUGUAUAGAUCAGGGUUUGAUGGCAUUAGUGACCUUACACUUUAAAACAUAUCAAACAAAAUGGGUAGUUGACAUGAUGUGUGGAGCAAUUAACAAGCUAGAAUUUGUGUAAAAUCAUUGUAAACAACAUUUAUGCAAUUCAU